UUCACCAUAACCAUUCUGAUCUCUUUACAAGAAAUUAAAGAUGGAAAUCUCCUCUCACAUUUUUGUUGACUUUCUCUCCAUUUUCCUCCUCCUUCUCCUUCCUACUUCUAUUGUUAUGGCAGAUGAUUCUCCUUUUCCAUUAGAUAAAGUAUGUGAAGAAGUGAACUGUGGAAAAGGAAACUGCACACCCGGCGUGGAACAUCUUCCAUUCGGGUUCUCAUGCGAAUGUGAUCCAGGUUGGAAGCGAACUCGCGACAACGACGACGAUCUCGUCUUUCUUCCUUGCGUCAUCCCUAACUGUACUCUCAACUAUGGCUGCCAGCCAGCGCCACCGCCGGUGCCGGAGAAACCUGUUCCGAAAAACUCAUCUUUCUUCAACCCUUGCUAUUGGGCAUAUUGUGGAGAAGGAGAUUGUGUGAGAAACAAAACCUAUAUACACACAUGUGAAUGCAGACCUGGCUUCUACAAUCUCCUCAACAUUUCUACCUUCCCUUGCUAUACUGAUUGUACAAUAGGAUCUGAUUGUGCAAAGCUUGGAAUUAAAGUUGCAAAUGUGAAUGGUACUGAUAAUAAUGGAAGUGGUUCUGGAAAUGGCACUGGACAUGGAAACUCAAUUCUACCAGGAAAAUUUCAAUGGGUAGCUUUAGCAGUUUUAUUUGCCAUGGCUAUGGAGCUUUGGAACUAGCACAUUCUUAUUGUUUAUAUAUAUAUAUAUAUAUAUAUAUAUAUAUAUAUAUAUAUAUAUAUAUAUAAACUGGAUAUUCAUUUUGGUUGUGACACUUUCAUAUAGGGUUAUUCUUAUAUCUUAUGUUUGGAGUUUGGUAUAUAUAAUAAAUAAAUCAUAUCUCUAGUCCUUUGUAGGCUGGUGAUGAUUGAUUUUGUAAUUGUUUUGUACAUUCAUAUUGAUGUUAAUUAUUUGUAUUAUUACUGGUUUUUAUU